AUGGAUGCAUCGAUGAAUGCUAAUGUUGAGAUCACCACUCCCACAGGAAAUGGGAUGAUAAUUCCUCAAAACAAUGAUACUGCGGGAACAACUGGGGUGGAUGAUCCAAAGCUAGACUUGAACCAGGUCAUUAACUCUAUCCAGAAGACAUUAGGGCUCAUUCACCAUCUCCACCUUACUGUCUCGUCAUUUAUUGCGGGUUCUCAUCGCCCACUCCAGCACCUAAAUGCUCUUGUUUCGGAGCUUGACAAUAUGGCUAAGUUGUCUGAGAAGUGCAAUAUCCCGGUCCCUAUGGAGGUUUUUAAUUCGAUUGAUGAUGGAAAGAAUCCUGAUGAAUUUACAAGGGAUGUCAUAAACAGCUUUAUUGCCAAAAAUCAGAUCACUAAAGGCAAAACUGAUACAUUCAAGAGUUUGCACAGAAACCUCCUGGACGAACUUGAACAAGCAUUUCCAGAUGCAGUGGAAUCAUACAGAGAAAUAUGUGCUGCUUCAGCUCUUGAAACAAAACGGCUAGCACAAGCACAGUAUGCAUUACCAAAUGGAGAUGUGAAGGUCAAACCUGAUUUUUAA